AUGAGAGCUGCACGAGUCCGACCCACCUCACCCGAGGGAGUCCCAUAUGGGUUUCCCGGGAAUAUUGCCCCAUCCUCGGCCAUCGAAGUCCACGACAACAUCCCCAAAGCCCAGAUAACGAAACCGGGCGAAUUGUUGAUCCAAGUCAAGGCCUCCACUGUGUACAAAGAUAAUCUCGAGUGGAACGAGCUUUACCCGCCGAACCAUGCAACAUUGGGGAAUGACUUCUCCGGGAUUGUCGUCGCUGUGCACGAGGGCGAAACGACUUUUCGCGUCGGAGAUCAUGUAUACGGCAUGACGCAUGCCGGAAGGGGAGGAACAUGGGCAGAGUACGCCAUUGUCACGACCGAGGAAGCAGUCAAGAAGCCAGAUAACCUGUCGUGGGAGGAGGCUGCUGCCAUCCCCGGAAGUGCCCUCACUGCUGAUCAGGCACUGUUCAAGCAUGUUGGCCUCGAGACUACAGCAAAGAACGGACAAAAGCGUGUUUUAAUUACCGGAGCAGCGGGCGGCAUUGGCACGUUUCUAGUGCAGUUUGCCGUACUUGCUGGCCACCACGUUGUCGCCGCUUCCAGCUCGAAUCAGCGGAACAAGGUCUUCCUACAGAGCCUCGGAGCUCAUGAAGUGGUCGAGUACGGUGAUCUCACCACUCUAGACAGAGUCGACGUGGUAGUUGACUCGGUCGGAGCCCAGGUUCUCGCAGACUGCUGGGCUGUCGUCAAGCCGGACGGUACCCUCUUGUCCUUUGACGCCUGCAGCUGGGGUUUUAGGGAAGAACACAACAAAAAGGGUAUUAGUCAAGGAAAGGAGGGUGUUCGGGCACUGUACAUGAUUGCUGAGCCUUCAGCGGAGAGCAUGGCGCGUAUCACCGAACACGUCGCCAGGGGUAAUAUUAGGGGCCACGUAUCCAAAGUGGUGUCUUUGAACGACGUGCGAGAAGCUUACGAAUCCGCUCAUUCCAGGGGAGCCGGGCAUGGGAAGAUUGUGGUGCUGAUCUGA